ACCCGGAUGUUAAAUAACUUUACAAAAUGGACGCCUCCGCAACUCGGUUCGGAACUGCGAAACGCAGUAAAAUAGAACGAAACUGACCCGCAUUUGUCCGGCAGAUUUUGUUCUGCCCUUCAGAAUAUCAAGAAAGAUAUUCUAAAAUCAAUUUAAUUUAUAAACAGCUUCAACGACAACUGUUUCAUUUCGUGUAAACAGUAAUUUAUGCAGAAGAAACUGGUUGGUCUAGAUUGAAUGAAGGAGUUUUUGUCGGCCGUCAGCACGAUUCAUAACAAGCCAGGCGAGCCAACACGGCCCGGCUGAGGUGAAGCGGAGUGACCUCUCUCUUGCGAUAUCAGCACCCAAUUAUUAGAUCCCAGUUUAGUGCAAAUAUCUAUCGAAAAAAAUGGAUGUUACAAGACCUGGGAAUGCUACAGUCGCUGAGAGGUUCAGGAUGACCCAGACCCCUAUGUUGAGCUGCAGUCAAACAAGGGGCCUUCCCGGGCUGCCUCCUCUCCCAGCAGAAGGUGUGGAUCAACCUUCAGAUCUUUACCAGAUUGUACUAAAGCACAGUGAGCAUCCUCCAAUAAUGCAAGGAAACUCGUGGACGUUGGCAGCACCCUUUAAAGAACAAAAGUUUCAUCGCACCCCCAGUGAGUCUAUUGCAAACAACUACACACCAAGUGCCAGCCAUCUAAAGAUCAAGAGCUUACCCAGACCCAACCUACCGAGGGCAACCACUCAGGCCCAUAUGACCAGGAAGAGGAGCCAUUCUCCACCACUAGCGAAAUCACCCCGGAAUGGCACCAUGCCUGACAUGUCUCCCAGGUCUAAGACCUUUGCUGGAAGAAAGCCAAAGCAAAAUGGGCAUCAGAAUGGCCAUGCCAACGGACAUGCUAAUGGUCAUCAGUUACCUCUCAGUCGACCUAUGACCCCUGAAGAACAGAUGAAUGUCAUUCGUGGGGUGGAGCAUGAUGCUGAGAAGGUGUUGGGUGAACCGUCUGAAAGGGAUUUAGAGAGGUACUAUUACUACAUCAUCAAAGGAAUCAAAGAGAACAUGGUGGCUGCUCCCCCUGCCGACAUGAUGGACAAUGUAUGCAUGCACAUUCCUGGUCAUCUAUUAGAGAAGCAGCAUCUGGGCAGGCUGAGGGAAGGCAUUCAGGAGGAGAUCAUCAAAGACUAUGAUUUCAGUUCGAGGAAAGCUAUCAUCGAUUACAUCCUUGAUGACCCAGAGGAGAAGACACGUCUACACAUUUCCUGGAUACCACGCCCGUUCCCUCACCGUGUCAUCAGAGCUCCGGUGCCUUGGCAUCAACCUUACCUCACACACAAAGAGAUCAACAAUCAACAUCUCUUCAUCACAAAUUCCAUCAUGUUAGAGCUGCAGAACCUGUGGUAUGAUAGCUUUUGUGGAGCCAGGUUUGUUCGUCUGAACGAUCUCAUGAACACAGAGCUCCCUCUCUUGCCCGGAGAGUUUGAAUCAUUGAUCAAGCAACACUGCAUAGAUGCUCGAAAGGUUCUGCAGAACUCGUGGAUACCUACUUGCGCUGAGAUGUUCAUGAACAAGAGGGAUCUCUGGGCCCACCUUGUGCCAUCCACUGAUACCGACUCCACUCAAAGAGUACAGGAGUUCUUUGCCUGCGUGGCUGCUGUCAUGUCUAUCCAGCUCAGGUCCAUGGUUAUUAACUCUCUCAAUGACUUCCUGGAGUUCUUCAAUGUUCACAAGGCUGGCAAUGACUUUGAGGAUGAAUACAAGGAGCUUCAAUACGUGAUGCCCCAGAUCAUGAUCAUCAAGCUUAGAGUAGAAGAACCAAGGAUUGUCUUUGAUCCUCCCUUUGUGGAAUGCCGUAACAUCAUUCUCCGAUGCUUCUCAGAGAUCAUCACAUCUGCAGAAGGUCUACAGAGGGUGGAGUGUGCCAUAUUCCCUCAGAUGGCCAACCAGAAACUCCUGCUUCGAUCUAUCAAGCUUGAAGAACAACUGGUCACAGACUACAUUGACAAAGCUAUGGAGAUCUUCAAGCACAAUACAGUUGGUCCCACAAGGUACCUGAACCAAUACAAGAAGUACCAUGACCUUCUGAAUCAGAAAGCCGAUGCGGAUGUGACAGCAUUCCUCAAGGAAACACACUCCUUGCAAGGUUUCAUCAAGAAGAUCGGAAGCUACCAGCAGCUGAAGGAGGAAAUCUCGUCCCUGAGAAUAACUGUCCCCCUCAGCAUGUUCUGUCUGGACUGCAAGAUGCUCAACAAGGACCUGUGUGACAGGGCGCAGAAACUCAAGGAACGUCUCAUUACCUUUGAGGUGGACGAGAACAGGACCUUGAACAAAGGAAUCUGCCGGCGGUAUGAUGAGAUUGCCGAGAGACUUGGUGAGACACCCACCGCAACAGCUGAGAUCGUAGCACUUGCUGAAUUCUUGAAGACCUCCUCAGAGGUCACCGUCUUCAAGCUCAAGGAUGAGGUGGAUGAGGCUGCCAACAGACUCAUGUUCCUUCUAGACUAUGCUUUCCUGCCAUAUGAGGACAUUAAGACUAACAGCACAGUGUUCUACUGGCCCGACCACAUCCAGACCAUCUUUGAGGUAUGUCGGAACCGUCUCAUGUCACGUCGGGAGCAGGCUGAAGACGAGCUCAAGAAGCGUGUCCAUAGGUACGAGGAGAAGCUCAACGAGUAUGGCCGAGACGUAGACUCGUUCCGCAAGAAGGAACUCCGUGGAAAGAUGCUGAGCCUGGAUGAGAUGAAGACCAAUGUGGACAAGCUGUCUGAGAUCCAGCAGCAGCUGGACGCGGCUCGGGAUGAGCUGGAGGGUCUGAAUGUGGAGGAGGAGCUCCUGGAGUGGCAGCCCAGCCAGUUCCCACAGCUGCAGCAGAUGUUUGUCAACAAGCAGCCCUACGACAGCCUCUGGAACACCGCCCUCAACUUUCACACCAAGUAUGAGGAGUGGCUCAAUGGUCCAUUCUUGGAGCUGAAUGCUGAGGUGGUAACGGAGGAAGUGGACUCCAUGUUCCGUACCAUGUACAAGCUCUCUAGGAGCUUCUCAGAUCAGCCUGGUCCGCAGAGGAUAUCCAACAAUGUCAAAGGAAAGAUUGACAAGUUCAAAGCGCAUCUUCCUCUUCUGGGUAUCAUCUGUAACCCCGGUAUCAGGGGUCGCCACUGGACUAGGAUGAGUGACAUUGUUGGCUUUGAGCUCCAGCCUAAGAAUGAUACAUCCCUGCUUCAGAUGCUGGAACUUGGCCUAACAAAAUGGAGUGACCAACUUGAAGAAGUUGGAGCAGCUGCCAGCAAGGAGUACUCCCUUGAGAAGGCCAUGGAGAAGAUGAAGUUUGAAUGGCAAGAUAUCGCAUUUGAAUUCUUACCAUACAGAGACACUGGGGUAUCCAUCUUAUCAAGUAUUGAUGACAUCCAGCUUCUCCUUGAUGAUCAUAUUGUCAAGGUCCAGACCAUGAGGGGAUCUCCCUUUGUCAAACCAUUCGAGAAUGAAGUCAAGGAAUGGGAAGAGAAGUUGGUGACCAUGCAGGACAUCCUUGAUUCCUGGCUCAAGUGCCAAGCCACCUGGCUCUACCUAGAACCCAUCUUCAGCUCCGAAGACAUCAUCGCCCAGAUGCCUGAAGAGGGUCGCAAGUUUGGCAUCGUCGAUAGCUACUGGAGGGACAUCAUGACAGAAGCUGUGAAAGACAACAAAGCCUUGGUGUGUACAGGUCAACCCAACAUGUUGGGAAGACUACAGGAGUCUAACAUUCUCCUGGAGGAGAUUCAGAAGGGUCUCAAUGACUACCUGGAGAAGAAACGACUCUACUUCCCAAGGUUGUUCUUCUUGUCCAACGAUGAACUGCUUGAGAUCUUGUCCGAGACCAAAGACCCUCUGCGUGUUCAGCCGCAUCUCAAGAAGUGCUUUGAAGGUAUCUCUACCUUGGAGUUCACUGAACAGCAGGAGAUUGUAGGGAUGAUCAGCGCGGAGAAAGAAAUGGUUCCUUUCUCGCAGAAAGUCUACCCAGCUAAGGCCAGGGGUAUGGUAGAGAAGUGGUUGUUACAGGUUGAAGAGACGAUGAUGUCCAGCGUCACCAAGGUAUGCAAGGACGGCGUGGCAGCGUACGCCUCAAACCCAAGGAACAAGUGGGUCCUGGAAUGGCCUGGUCAGGUGGUCAUCUGUGUCUCUCAGACCUUCUGGACUGAUGAGGUAGCCAAGGCUAUCAAGGAACCAGGUGGACUCAAGAAAUACACAGAGCUGAGCAAUGUGUAUUUGAAGGAGAUUGUAGAUCUUGUGAGAGGCAAGUUAGAGAAGGGACACAGAACCACCCUAGGGGCUCUCACUGUCAUUGAUGUUCACGCCCGUGACUUGGUACAGAGCUUUGAUGAGAUGGGUGUACAGAGUGUGAAUGACUUCAACUGGCUCAGUCAGCUGAGGUACUACUUCAACGGUGAAACCAUCAACGUACAGAUGAUCACUACAGAAUUACCCUAUGGAUACGAGUACCUGGGUAACUCAGGACGUCUGGUUAUCACUCCGCUCACUGAUCGGUGUUACAGGACCUUGAUGGGUGCCCUGAAGCUGAAUCUUGGAGGAGCCCCUGAGGGUCCAGCCGGUACGGGAAAGACAGAGACCAGUAAGGAUUUGGCCAAAGCUGUCGCUAAACAGUGUGUGGUGUUCAACUGCUCGGAUGGUCUGGACUACAAGGCCAUGGGCAAGUUCUUCAAGGGUCUAGCCCAAGCCGGUGCCUGGGCUUGCUUUGAUGAGUUCAAUCGUAUUGAGCUGGAGGUGUUGUCUGUGGUAGCUCAGCAGAUCCAGAGCAUCCAACGUGCCAUCCAGACCUUCCAGAAGAAGUUCAUGUUUGAGGGGACAGAGUUGACCCUUAACCCCACUUGUACUAUGUUCAUCACCAUGAACCCUGGCUACGCUGGUCGGUCAGAUCUUCCUGAUAACUUGAAGGUUCUGUUCCGAACUGUUGCUAUGAUGGUGCCCGACUACGCCCUGAUCGGCGAGAUCUCUCUCUACUCCAUGGGUUUUGUGGAUGCUCGUAGCUUGGCAGGAAAGAUCGUUGCCACCUAUCGUCUAUGCUCCGAGCUUCUCUCCUCGCAGCAUCACUACGACUACGGGAUGCGUGCGGUCAAGUCCGUACUGACCGCUGCAGGAAACCUGAAGCUCAAGUACUCUGAUGAAGAUGAGAGCGUGCUGGUCUUGAGGGCCAUCAAGGAUGUCAAUCUACCAAAGUUCUUAGCACAGGAUGUGCCUCUGUUUGAAGGCAUCAUUGGUGAUCUGUUCCCUGGAACUAUCCUUCCAGAGCCUGACUAUGUGGUCUUCUUAGAAGCACUCAAAGAGAACAUCACCAAGCUCAAGCUACAGCCGGUACCAUGGUUCAUCACCAAGAUCAUUGAGGUGUAUGAGAUGAUGUUGGUUCGUCACGGCUUCAUGAUCGUGGGUGACCCUAUGGGGGGUAAGUCCAGCGCCUACCGGGUGUUGGCAGGUUCCUUGGGGGACCUCCACGCUGCCAAUCUAAUGGAUGAAUUCAAGGUUCUCAUGACCAUCAUCAACCCUAAGAGUAUCACCAUGGGGCAGCUCUAUGGUGCUUUUGAUCCAGUGUCUCAUGAAUGGACAGACGGUGUUCUGGCCAACUCCUUCAGAGAGCAGGCAGCAUCCACCACAGAAGAUAGGAAGUGGCUUGUCUUUGAUGGUCCUGUAGACGCUGUUUGGAUUGAAAACAUGAACACCGUACUGGAUGAUAACAAAAAGCUGUGCCUGAUGAGUGGUGAGAUCGUUCAGAUGAGCAACAAGCAGAACCUCAUCUUUGAGGCUGAGGACCUGGAGCAGGCGUCUCCAGCCACGGUGUCCCGCUGCGGUAUGAUCUUCAUGGAGCCUCAUCAGCUGGGCUGGAAACCUCUCAAGGCCUCGUACAUGGAUGAGCUACCGGCCUGCCUGACGGAGGAACACAGGGAGCUUGUCAAUGAUCUCUUUGAAUGGCUCAUUGAUCCAUGCUUAGAAUUCUUGCGUCAUGAGUGCAAGCUGUUUGUGGAAACAUCGCCGAUCCAUCUUGCAUUCUCUCUGAUGAGACUCUUUACAUGUCUCUUAGAUGAGAUAGCUGCUUCUGGCUCAGAAGGUUCAGAAAUGAGUAGUCAACAGAUCACUCUGUGGCUUCAGGGUCUGUUCCUGUUCUGCGUGGUGUGGAGCAUCGGUGGGACCAUGAAGGGAGACAGCAGGAAGAAGUUUGAUCAGUUCUUCCGUCUCCUCAUCAGCGGAACGCACCCGGAUCAUCCAAAACCAAAGAGUAUCAAGAUCACCAAGAGCAAUUCGUUCCCCGAGAGAGGGUUGAUAUAUGACUACUACUUCCAUAAGGCUGCCAGCGGUCAAUGGAAUGAUUGGAUGACAUACCUAGACAAGUCCAAAAUUGAUAUUCCAGCCGGAGCUAAGGUGAGUGAUUUGAUCAUCCAAACCAACGAGACGGUUCGUCAGAUCUUCUUCAUGGACGCCUAUAUCUCUCAUGAGGUACCGCUUCUCUUUGUGGGUCCUACCGGUACGGGAAAAUCAGCCAUCGCCAAUGAUCAACUCAUUGGCAUGCCAAAGGAUAGGUAUGUUGCCAAUACCAUCAACUUCUCAGCCAGAACCUCAGCAAACCAGACACAAGACAUCAUCAUGUCCAAACUUGACAGGCGUCGCAAAGGAGUAUACGGUCCACCCAUGGGUAAGAAGUGUGUUGUGUUUGUAGAUGAUCUUAACAUGCCAGCUAAAGAGAUCUACGGAGCUCAGCCACCCAUUGAAUUACUCAGACAGUGGAUCGAUCACAAGCAUUGGUAUGACAAGAAGGAUACGUCCAAGCUGGAGAUCGUUGAUGCACUUCUCCUCUCUGCAAUGGGACCCCCUGGGGGAGGUAGGAAUCACAUCACCGGUCGCUUCACAAGACAUUAUAACAUCAUCUCCAUCGACUCGUUUGACGAUGAGACUAUGGUCAAGAUCUUCACAUCUAUCGGUGACUGGCAUUUCGCUCAAGGCUUCGAUGGCGCUUUCGCCCGACUUGGAAAGAUCAUGGUUCAAGCCACUCUGGGUGUGUACAAAGAAGCCAUCACAAACUUCCUACCGACACCUUCCAAGUCUCACUAUGUGUUCAACCUUCGUGACUUUGCCCGUGUGAUCCGUGGAGUGCUUCUCGUUCCAUCGACAGUCAUGAAGGAGGAUGACAAGGACAAGCUCAUUCGGCUUUGGAUUCAUGAGAUCUAUCGAGUCUUCUAUGACAGAUUGAUUGAUGACAAAGACAGAAUCACAUUCUUUGAGAUUGUGAAAGAAACCACACAGUCUAUGUUUAAGCAGAGCAUGGAUAAAGUCUUGAGUCAUCUCACUCCAUCUGGAAAACUCAUCGAUGAUAAUAUCAGAUCUUUGUUCUUUGGAGACUUUGGCAACCCUGACUCUGACGAUAAAACGUACAAUGAGAUCACUAACAUCAAAGAGCUGACAGGGACCAUGGAGUUUUACCUGAGCGAGUUCAACCAGAUCAGUAAGGCACCCAUGUCACUUGUCAUGUUCAAGUUUGCUAUCGAGCACAUCUCUAGGGUCAGUCGUGUUCUCAAACAAGACAAUGGACAUGCUCUCCUAAUCGGUAUCGGUGGCAGUGGACGUCAGAGUGCCACCAAGCUGGCUACGUCUAUGGCAGAUUUUGAGCUCUUUCAGAUUGAAAUUACCAAGAAUUACACACAUAAUGAAUGGAGAGAAGACUUAAAAAAGCUUCUGUUGAAGACCGGUGCAGAGGGCAAACAGACUACGUUCCUGUUCAGUGACAACCAGAUCAAAGACGAGUCGUUUGUUGAAGACAUCAACAUGAUCCUGAACACCGGGGAUGUCCCUAAUCUCUACCCUGCCGAUGAAAAAGCUGAAAUUAUUGAGAAGAUGCAGGCAGUGGCUAGAACUGAGGGUAAAAAGAUAGAAGCUACACCUCUUGCCAUGUAUAACUACUUUAUUGAGAGAGUACGUAAACAUCUUCACGUGGUCCUGGCCAUGAGUCCGAUAGGAGAUGCCUUCAGGAAUAGACUGAGGAUGUUCCCUUCUCUCAUCAACUGCUGUACUAUUGACUGGUUCCAGGCGUGGCCAGAAGAUGCCUUGGAGAUGGUCGCUGAGAAGUUCUUUGAAGACAUGGACCUUGAUGAUCAUGUCCGCAAGGAAUCUGUCGCCAUGUGCAAACACUUCCAUGAGAGCGUGCGCAUGAUGUCUGAAGAGUUUUUAAACACCCUGCGUCGUCACAACUAUGUGACCCCGACCAGCUACCUGGAGCUGAUCCUCACCUUUAAGAAGCUCUUCCAGCUGAAACGUGACGAGAUAGCCACCAUGAAGAACAGAUACGUGGUGGGUCUUGAGAAGCUGGCCUUCGCUGCGUCCCAGGUCUCCGUCAUGCAGCAGGAGCUGACUGAUCUCCAGCCGGAGCUCAUCAAGACCUCCGAGGAGACGGUCAUUCUCAUGGAGAAGAUUGAGCAGGAUACAGUGGAGGUGGAGGCACAGAAAGAGGUCGUAGCAGCAGAUGAAGCCGUAGCCAAUGCUGCAGCUGGUGUAGCACAGGGGAUCAAGUCUGACUGUGAAGCAGACCUUGCUGAAGCUAUCCCUGCCUUGGAAGCUUCUCUUUCUGCUCUCAACACUCUCAAACCCAGUGACAUCUCUAUGGUCAAAUCUAUGAAGAACCCUCCUGGUGGUGUGAGGCUUGUGUUGGAGUCGGUGUGCGUGAUGCGUUCAGUCAAACCGGAGCGUAAGCCUGACCCCAACGGCAGCGGUAAGAUGGUGGAGGACUUCUGGGGACCCUCCCAGAAGCUUCUGGGAGACAUGAAGUUCCUGGAAAUCCUCAAGCAAUAUGACAAGGACAACAUCGCUCCUGCUAUCAUGAAAAAGAUCCGGGAUAAGUACAUACCAAACCCAGAUUUCAAGCCCGAAGUUAUCAAGAACAUCUCCACUGCUUGUGAAGGUCUUUGCAAGUGGGUCCGGGCUAUGGACGUCUAUGAUCGUGUGGCCAAGGUGGUAGGACCUAAGAAACAGAAGCUUGCCGAAGCUGAGGCGGAGCUGGCCAUCCAGAUGGAGAAGCUUAACACCAAACGAGCUCAGCUCAAGGAGGUCUCUGACAAGCUCCAGGCCCUCAACGACGAGCUGGAGCGCAUGGUUGACAAGAAGCAGGACCUGGAGGCAAACAUCGAGCUCUGCUCUCAGAAGCUUGACCGUGCAGAGAAGCUGAUCGGUGGUCUGGGAGGAGAAAAGGAUCGGUGGGAGUUGGCAGCUAAUCUUCUAGGUCAGAAGUUUAUCUCUAUCACCGGUGAUGUCUUGAUAUCAGCUGGUGUGGUAGCAUACCUAGGAACCUUCACCGUGGACUACAGACAGAAAGCUACUGAUGAAUGGCUGAAGCUUUGUCAAGAGAAGAAGAUCCCAUGUUCUGAGACGUUCUCACUGAGUGCUACAUUAGGUGAACCUGUGAAGAUCCGAGCAUGGAACAUUGCUGGUCUCCCUGUAGACUCCUUCUCUAUUGAUAAUGGUAUCAUUGUAUCCAACUCAAGGAGAUGGCCCCUCAUGAUUGACCCUCAGGGUCAAGCUAAUAAAUGGGUGAAGAACAUGGAGAAAGCCAACCAGCUGUCCAUCAUCAAGCUCUCUGAUCCCAACUAUGUAAGAACCCUAGAGAACAGCAUCCAGUUUGGUAAACCAGUCCUCUUGGAGAACGUCGGAGAGGAGUUGGACCCUCUCCUCGAAUCCAUCCUUCUUAAACAGACCUUCAAAGUAUCAGGUGUCUUGUCCAUUCGCCUUGGUGAGAAUGUGAUUGAAUGGUCACCAGACUUCAGGUUCUACAUCACUACAUCCCUGAGAAACCCUCAUUAUCUACCUGAGAUCUCAGUCAAGGUUGCGUUGGUAAACUUCAUGAUCACACCCCUGGGUCUCCAAGACCAGCUCCUUGGUCUGGUAGCAGCCAAGGAGAAACCCGAGCUGGAAGAGAAGAAGAACCAACUGAUCGUAGAGAGCGCCAGCAACAAGAAACAACUGAAGGAGAUUGAGGACAGUAUCUUGGAGAUCCUCUCGUCUUCGGAGGGGAACAUUCUGGAGGACGAGACGGCCAUCAAGGUCCUGUCCUCAUCCAAGACCCUCUCGGAGGAGAUCUCUGCUAAACAGGAAAUUGCUUCAGCGACUGAGAAGGAAAUUGAUGAGACAAGGAAUGGCUACCACCCUGUGGCUGUCCAUUCUGCAACACUCUUCUUCUGCAUAUCAGAACUGGCCAACAUUGAACCUAUGUACCAGUACUCGCUCACUUGGUUUAUAAACCUGUACAUUCAGUCCAUCCAGAACAGUCGCAAGUCCACUGUCCUUCAGGAGCGUAUUGAUAAUCUCAACGAUCACUUCACCGACAGCAUCUAUAAGAACGUCUGCAGAUCUCUCUUUGAGAAAGAUAAACUUCUCUUCUCAACCAUCCUGGCUGUUGGCAUCAUGACUAGCAAGGGUAAAGUUGACGAUACUGAGUGGCGAUUCCUGUUGACGGGAGGCGUGGCCUUAGAGAACCCUUACCCUAACCCCUGCCCUGAUUGGUUGACUGAUAGAGCAUGGGCAGAGAUCGUUAGGGCUUCUGAUCUAAAGAGCCUAGAUGGACUCAGGCAAAAUGUGAAGACCAACUGUGAUGCUUGGAAAGAAGUCUACGAUUCAGCCGCUCCUCAAGAACAGAGCUACCCCGCCCCUUACGACAUGGUGACAGGUAUGCCAAAAAUGAUCAUCCUCCGCGCCCUCAGACCCGACAAGAUGGUACCCGCUGUCCAAAACUACAUCGUGGACCAACUCGGUCGCAACUACAUCGAGCCUCCCACCUUUGACCUCGCAGGCAGCUUCGCGGACUCCCACUGCUGCGCCCCUCUGGUGUUUGUGCUCUCCCCUGGAGCUGACCCUAUGGCCGGUCUGCUGAAGUACGCCGAUGAUAACGGGUACGGUGGCCCACGCAUCAGCACCAUCUCACUCGGGCAGGGCCAAGGUCCCAUCGCUGAGAAGAUGAUCGAACAUGCCCGGGAAGCGGGUACAUGGGUGGUUCUACAGAACUGUCACUUGGCGACAAGCUGGAUGCCAAGGCUGGAGUUUAUCUGUGAGGAGGUGUUGAUACCAGAGAAUGUGCAUAGUGAUUUCAGACUGUGGUUGACCAGUUACCCGUCGGAUGCCUUCCCUGUAUCCAUCCUCCAGAAUGGUGUAAAGAUGACCAAUGAACCCCCUAAAGGAUUGAGAGCCAACCUCACCAGAUCGUACCUGAAUGAUCCCAUCUCAGAUCCAAGCUUCUUUGAAGGAUGCAACAAGCCUGUGGUCUGGCAGAAGCUUCUAUUCAGUCUGUGUUUCUUCCAUGCCCUGACCCAAGAGAGAAGAAAGUUUGGUCCUCUUGGUUGGAACAUCCCUUAUGAGUUCAAUGAAUCGGAUCUUAGGAUCAGUAUGACACAGCUCAAGAUGUUCUUGAAUAACUACGAUGACACCCCAUACGAUGCCCUGAUCUACCUGACCGGGGAAUGUAACUAUGGUGGACGUGUGACGGACGACAAGGACAGACGUCUUCUCAUGUCUCUCCUGUCCAAGUUCUACACACCAGAGGUCACGGAGCAAGAUAAAUUCACAUUCUCAGACAGCGGUAUGUACUACUGUCCUCUGCAUGGUGACUAUGAGAGCUAUGUGGAGUACCUGCGUGGUCUACCUCUCAUACCCCACCCUGAGGUGUUUGGACUUCAUGAGAAUGCUGACAUCACAAAGGACAACCAAGAAACACAACAGUUAUUUGAUGGGAUCUUGUGUACCCUACCCCGUCAGGCCGGAGAAGGGGGCAAGUCACCCGCUGAACAGAUCCAGGAUCUUGCUAAUGAUAUCCUCUCCAAGCUACCUCCAAACUUUGAUAUGGAGAUGGUGAUCAAGAAGUACCCUGUGACCUAUGAGGAGUCUAUGAACACUGUCCUGAGGCAGGAGCUGAUCCGUUUCAACCGCCUCACCACCGUGGUCCGUGCCAGUCUGCAGAAUAUCCAGAAGGCCAUCAAGGGUCUGGUGGUGAUGUCUUCGGAGCUUGAGGAUGUCUUUGACUGCAUGCUGGUGGGCAAGGUACCUCCUAUGUGGGCUGCCAAGAGUUACCCUUCCCUCAAACCCAUGGGUAGCUACAUCAAUGAUCUCCUGGCCAGAUUAAAGUUCUUCAAUGACUGGAUUGCACAUGGUGCCCCUGAUGUAUUCUGGGUGUCUGGAUUCUAUUUCACACAUUCCUUCCUCACUGGUGUGAGUCAGAACUAUGCCAGAAAGUACACCAUUCCCAUAGACCAUCUUGGAUUCCAGUUUGAAGUGACUGACUUUGAAGACUCUGUCAGUGCCAGGCCUGAGGAUGGGGCUUUCAUCAAGGGUCUGUUCUUAGAGGGAUGUCGUUGGGAUCGUCCUACCAAGGUCCUCUCUGAAUCCCUCCCCAAGACACUCUUCGACACCAUCCCUAUCAUCUGGAUGAAGCCUGGUCGCAAGGCAGACUUCAAACCUUCCUCCAUCUACAACACGCCCGUCUACAAGACCAGCGCUAGGCGUGGCACCCUCUCCACCACCGGUCAUUCCACCAACUUUGUGAUGUGGAUGGAGCUGCCGUCGGAUAAGACCCAGAGGCACUGGACCAAUAGGGGCGUGGCUGCUCUCUGCCAGCUGGAUGAUUAGUAACCAUGGUGAUCAUGCAUUUACAGGAAUAAUCAAGAGCAUCUAUUAGAUACUGCAAUAAGCCAAUUGGUUAUUAGAGAACAAACAACAUUAAAUAAUAAUAAUGCUGAAAUGAGACAGCGAUCAAUAGUACAUAAAGCAAUAGAUGAUGAUACAGGUGUUUGCCUGCCGUGUUUUAGAGUGUCAAUGGACCAAACAUGUACAGCUACAACAAUCAGAUAUACAGAUGGUUAGAUAUGGCAGUAAAUUGUUCUAAUGUCAUUUCAUAUGUGAAAGCAUCCCUAGCAUCACUUAUGAUUACAUGUAAGACAAAAAUAGAUAAUUGUGUGCCCUCAGCCAUCUUAAAUUUCAUUUAUAUUGAAGUGGAAAUGUGGAUAGUUAUAAAAUAGAGUUAAAAAUCAAUUUAUGAAUGAAGAUGUUUCAUCUUCUGACUUGUGAACAGAUAAUGAUGGAUUAAUAAAGAAUUGAAAUUGGAUGAAAAAUAUUGCUUGUUCUGUAUGAAAUUGUUUUUAAUUUAUGCUAAUUAUUUGACAGUUACAUGUAUGUGUUGUAUGUCUUUUACAGUGAAAUGCUUUCAUGCUCAAAUCAUCAAUGACACACUAAGUAUUGUUAGUAAACAUUUGAUGUUUUAUAAAUAGGAAUUUAAAUAAGCGACAUUUCUUUUCUGUUUGUCUUAAAUUUGUGUAAGAAUUCUUUAUUUUUGUACAUGUAAUAAUGAAUUGGCUUAAAUAUCAGUAUAUGUCUCACCUAAUGUCUCGUAAAUGUGAAUUAGUUCCAAAUGGGAUUGUUAGAUAUGCAUUGAUGUGAAAAUAUGAACAAAUUCUAUGUUUACAUAAUGUAUAUAUUUUCUAAUUUAUAUAUUUUUCUUACAUAAAUGUUAUAUACAUGUAUGUACAUUUUUCAUACCUGAGUCAAAUAGACAAGUGAUAUAUCAUAGUGAUUGCAGUGAAUACUGAUUUAUUUGAAAUAUGUUAGGACUUCAGUUUUGUGGCCUGUAUUUCCACUUAAUUUUCAAAUGAAAUCAAUAGUUGAUUUUAUGUGAAAUGUAAAUACCCAUAUUAUAGAUUUGAGAUUGAAAGGUUUCAUUGAAAACUUGAUAUUGUUUUGCACAUCUGUAUUGAUUCCCCAUAUUGCUUUCAAACCCCCAAAUUUGAUCAAACCUUGAAAAGGAACUAUGCAAUUAUAUUUUACAAAAUUCAACUGAAGAAAAAAAAUGAUAUUACAAAUUCUUUCAUUCAUCAUUGCCCGAAGCAGCUUCAUCAGUAUAAAGAUAAAUAAUGAAUUAUAUCAAUAUUACAAGAGUAUUCAAAGAAAAAUAUUAUAUGUGCCUUUACCAACUAUCUUACAUUAACUUCUUGAUCUUUUUUUCUGAAAUCUGUAUAAGUCCUGUAUAAAAUCUGAUUGAAAAUGUAUAUAAAGUUGAUGGCUUAUAAAUAGAAAGUAUAUCAUAAUGUUUACAAGAAUGAUAUGGGAGAUAUCAGAUUGUAUUAUAGAAUAAUUGUUAGAAUCAGUGAUUUGCAAGGGUUUCCAAUCAUACUACAAAGAUUUGAUAAUUGGAGGUGAGAGAAGCAGAACAGAAUAUUUGGAUAUUUAUCAAAAUUGCGGUUUUCUUGCUUUGUUGGUUGGUGUGGAAGUCUUGCCUGAUUCUAGAAUGAGCGUCAAGUUAUAUAUUUAAAGUGUUUUCUAUAAACGUUCUUGAUUCUGUCAUAUGUGUACUUGAAUUGUGAUGGCCAGUCAUGAAAAACUAUUUUGGAAAAAAAAUGUUAUUUCUGUUGUUAAUAGACUUUGGGUUAGUUAUAAUAGACCAUUCAACAUAAUACCGAGUAGAUGUUUCUCCACUAACAUAUUGACAAGUCCAUUUCAUGCAGUCAUAGUUUUUGCAAAGUCAGACUGACCUCUGAAAACUAUUUGAGGUUACUUUGCAAUGGGAAUAUAGAUACAAAUAAAUCUUAUGAUGGAGAAGAUGUUUUCAUAUGCGUACAAGUAUAUGUUGAUGCAGAUGAUCAUAAAUUUUAACAUACAUCAGAGUUUUAAAGUUAGUACUUGUGCAUGUGUAUACAUGUUUGUAUGAUGUGUAUAAUGUCGAGAGUAGCAUCACAUAUACAGACAAUUACUCUUGUCUGUUAUAUCAUAGUGUAAUUAUUUUUUUCUUCAUUUUUUUAUUAAUAUUUUUUUAUUAAUAUUUUUUUUUUUUUGUAGGGGGGGGGGUGGCUUUUGGUUCAAGGAGAGCUCUCAUCUUUUGGAAUGAAAUGAAGAUAAGAUCCUUUGUAUUGAGCAAGCAUAUAUAUAUAUAUAUAUAUAUAUAUAUAUAAAGAAAUGUGACAUUUGUGUGAAGAUCUUGCAUUCUGGAGUAGUAUUGAUCAAACAUUCCUACACUCCUCUUGGUUUCAUACACCAAAACAUGUAAAUAGAACAUUGUACAUACGUGAUGAAAUACUUCUAUAAUUGACAUUUUAUUUAUGAGAAACGAUGUAUAUUGUUGGCAGUAGAUCAGCUGGAACAAAAUGUACAUAAGAUAAUUUGAUGAAUUGUGUGUGUGCCUUUAUCUAGUAUUUAAUAUUAUGAAGCAUAGUUGGAUAGAUUUGGCUAUUUUUGCACCUGAAUCUUUUUCUUCAAUAUUCCGUCCUCUAAGGUAUCACCUUGACAGUCUAAGUGAGCUCUUGGAACAAAAAAUGCUGUGAAAUGAUCAAAUAAUUUCCAAUUUUCAAAAAGCUAUUUUUAUUGCAGAUUGUAUUCCUACCGCCGCAAUAUAUUAUUGAUGUGUGUUUCUAUGCAAAAUAAAUCUUGUAUAUGCUGGUUUUUGUGCCUUUGGUAUGGUUGAAUAAGCUACAAUAAAAAUUGAACAUAACACA